GAAUAUUGAGUCACUUGGCUAGUGUCGUCACAUACCACAGCUCUUUGGAGUGAUCAAACUUUGGAGACUCAUUCACGCAAGUGUCACGCACGGAGAGGCUCGGCAGGACUUCGCUCUUUGUGGAUGUUCUUCUUUUUCAGUCUUUUUUUUAUUUUUGCGCGUGUGAAAAGGUAACCCGGCCGCGUCUGUCUUUACCCUUCGCGGCCCAUAGCUCUCAGGAAGACAUUUGUAGUUAAUUAUUGGCCUCGGUUUCGGUUACAGGUGGCGCUAGAAAUCCCAUUUGAAUUAUAGGAGGACUUUAUUUUUAUUAUUCUUUAAGUGUUAUUAUGGAUCGGUGGCCCCAGGUGGUUCUUCUGGUGUUUUUGGGAUGCGCCUCUUGUCAGGAGACAGGCGAGCAGUGUUUGGCUAAAUUCAAGAAAGGACGGGAGGAUUUUGUGCUUGACGUCGACGAGUCCGUCAACGACGGGGCGAUCUUCAUCUCAGCACCGACAUUGGAGCGCUCAAGGGACUGUGUGGCUGCUUGCUGCAAGGAGCCAACGUGCAAUGUGGCCUUCAUGCAAGGAGGUGCGGAGGAGAACUCCAUCAAAUCCUGCUUCCUCUUUAACUGCCUCUACAAGAAAAAGUACGCCUGUCGCUUUGUCAGGAAGAAAGGUUACUACAACUACAUCCUGGACUCCCUCUAUGAGAGCUACCUGGAGUUGGAUCUCCCACCAAAGGAAACCGACCGUCCACCGAUGGCAAAUGGAGGCCAGGACCGUGUGGUCCAGCCUCAGGAUAGCGUCACAUUGAACGGCUUGGAGAGCAAAGAUGACAAAAAGAUCGUGUCUUUUGUGUGGAAAAUGCUCACCGAGUAUCCCUACGCUGUUAUUGAGAAAACAGAUUUUGAUGACCAGAUUAUCGUGUCCAAUCUGACGUCGGGAAUGUACAAAUUCCAAUUGACCGUCACGGACACUAUUGGUCAGUCGGACUCGACCCAAGUCACUGUUUUGGUUCUUACACCUGAACAGUCAGAACAUCACUGCAUGGCCCCGAAGAAGAUCGGACCAUGUCGUGGCGCUUUUCCUCGGUGGCACUACAAUGCGGCGUCGCAGAAGUGCGAGGAGUUUACGUUUGGUGGCUGCAGGGAAAACCUCAACAACUAUCUUUCGAAAGACGAGUGCACAAACGCAUGCUAUGGCACGGAAAAAAGGGCCAGCGGUAGAGGUUUACCACUUCCAGAUCAGCAAGAAAAGUGUGGCGUUCCAUGCACUGCCGGGCAGUUCACCUGUGCAAACGGCUGCUGUUUGGAACCAGGCUUGGAGUGCGACUCAGUCGCUCAGUGUAGCGACAGCUCAGAUGAACAAAAAUGCAAGGACUUGGACAACACAUUUCAGAUUUUACUGAAGAUUCCAGUGGAUGAGCAAAAAGUGCGCUGCACUGAGCCUCCAGAGACAGGCAGCUGCAGGGACACUCUCACAAAGUGGUACUACAAUCCUCUGAAGCAGGACUGCAGUCGCUUCAACUACGGUGGUUGCCAGGGAAACGAGAACAGAUUUGACUCAAAGGAAGCCUGUCUGAAGGUCUGCAGAGGGGUGACAGAAAAAGAUGUGUUUGCAAGAAAAGCAGAGUUCGAGCGAAGAGUGUCGAGUAGUCAAACAAGUGUUAUAGCAAUAGUGGCUGUCCUGGCUGUAGGUAUCGUCAUCAUAUUGGCCGUCCUCUUGUAUUGCUUCAUGAAGGGAAAGAAAAAGUCGUCACAGCACCACCGUGUGCCUGUCAACAACGCACCGCUCACCUCCAUAGAAGACCGGGAGCAUCUUGUCUACAACAGUACCACCAAACCCAUCUGACACCACUCACUCUCCAUGUAAUAGAUGAGAGCAAACUGCAGAGCCGUCAUUUGCUGAAUGAACUCUGAUUGACGAGAGAGGCAACAAUGUCUUUUCACGCCACGUGUGUAAAGUUUUUAAAGGUAAUAUGUACGGGCGGCAAUGUCUUGCAAAAUGCAAGUGUGAUGUUAUUUUGUUUUAACACUAACUGUUUCUAUUUAGAGUAACAGGGAAAUCGAGCCAUUUCAUCUGUUAGAUUACAUCUAUAUACUUAAUUUACGCCAGGUUCAUAAUAGUCUGUUAUUCCAAAGUAAAAUGUGCUUUUAAUUUACUGACAUCUCCUACACUAUACUUUUAUCUUCUACAUCUUAGUCCCUUGGAUAAUCUGAAUAAUAUAGGAAUAAUGCAUAAUCAUAAUAGAAUUUAUAGAAUGUCUCGUUUUUAAACAUGUUUUUAUAACAAGCUUAAUGUAUGCUAACAUACUUAAAUAAAGCAUACUUGACACAAGUGAUGGUCUUAAGCAGUCUCAUGACAGUUAAGCCAAAUAAAAUAAUUACCUCAACAUUUACCUUUCAUCUUGAGUGUUGCUGUGCAUAAGAAAUUGACUUAUGGGUUAUUUUCUGAAUCAUAGAAUACUUGAUCAAUGCAGUCGAAAAUAAGGUUGUUAAUAUCCCAAGGUUGUCUGGUCACUAUUGAAUAUUCUAUUGAUUAUUACAUCAAUUGAAUUUUGAGGUCAAAUUUCAUUUUACGUUAAGUGUGCUACAAAUCAUUUUCCCUUCGAUUACUGUUUGUUAACGAUUUAUUGUAAUUGUUUAGUUAAUAAAAAAGAAAGCGAUUCACCUAA